UGUUACUCACAUCGCCAUCUUGUUGCAUGACUAUCAAUGUGUGUCUAAGGAUUUACGAAAGUAAUCCGGAUAUUGCAUUUGGGAUUUUUCUUCAGAUCAAUUGCAACGUCGGCAGUGAAUAAACAAUUAAGCGGUCCUGUACCUACUUACUCGCUCGCAUUUUGUAAAAGCGACCGUGAGGUAUAGGGCGCGAGAUGAGCAUCGAUACACUGUUGGAAGCCGCCAGGUAUUUGGAAUGGCAAGCCCAGCAACAACAGAUUACACGUGAGGAGGAGGAGAAGCGAGAAAAUGCCCUCGCCGCCCGGGAGGCUGAGCAGCAGCAGCAGCAACAACAACAGCAGCAGCUGCGGCGGGCGGCCGAGAUGGGUCCGUCGCUGAUGCCCGCGCCCAUGCAGGUGAACCACGUGAGCUGGGGCGUGGAGACGCAGCGGCUCCACCAGCAUCAGCACCAGCAUCAGACCCACCUCCCCCCCAUGCAGGCCUCCAUGCCCAUCACGGUCAUCCCCAUCCCCAUGGUGCAGGCCAACGCUGCGCCCCAGACUCACCCCGCUGUCACUGCCGCCGGCGCACCCCCACACCUGCACGCGGUGGGCCCUGUGCCCGUGGUGGCCCCUGUUGCCACGGCGCUGUCCCCGCAGCCCGCUCCGCUCCUCAGCAGCCCCUCGUCCACAGCGGCGGCAGUGGCGGUCGGUGCCGCGCCGGGAGGGAAGGAUAGUCCGUCGCCGCCACGCCAACGGCAUCUGGUGGCCGCCGUGAAGACCGAGGCCAGCAUCCUGCCCCAGACAGGAACCAGCCCCAAACAACAGCAGCAGCAACUGCCGCCAAACCCCCAGCCGCCCCCUCCUCCUGCCCCACACGGUCAGCCUGCCCAGCUGCUGCAGCCCUACACCGGCCCAAUCAUCGCCGCCCCCCAGCACGCCCUACUUCCCCAGCCGACCCUCACACAGCCCCACGCCCAGCCGGGCCAGAUGACGGUGCGACCCAACGGCGCCUCCCUGGAGGAUGUGAGGGGCCUGGAUGGGAAGAGAAGACCUGGCGGAGCGGGGACUAGGGAGGUGCACAAUAAGUUGGAAAAGAACAGACGAGCACAUCUCAAAGAGUGCUUUGAGACCUUGAAACGGAACGUUCCAAACGUGGACGAAAAGAAGACCUCCAACCUCAGUGUGCUGCGGAGCGCCUUGCGUUACAUUCAGGUAAGCCAGUGCAGUUCAGCGCAGCAGCCAUCUUGGUUCAGUCUGCCUGAAAAGCGAGGAGGGAUCUGGAGCACCCAGAUGGAGAGGCUGGCCCGGGAGAAGAUCGCCACGCAGCAGAGGCUAGCCGAGCUCAAGAACGAGCUGGGCCAGAGCAUGGACAUGCUGGAGAUCGACCGCCUACUCCGCCAGACCGUGCAGCCUGAGGAUGACCAGGCGUCCACCUCUACUGCCUCAGAAGGAGAGGACAACUUCGACCAAGAUGUGGACAGCGACAUGCCAUUGGCCCCCUCCACUGCCCUCCCCAAACCGCACGCGCCCCUCUCCUCUGACCCGCGGCCAGCCAUGGCACCGGCCUCGCUCCUCCCAGCACAGCUGCAGCUGCCCCCGCAGCAUCUCACCAUUCACCCGCACAAGCUGGCCGCGGCUGCCGUGACGGUCUCGACCCUGCCCAGCGCCGUCACGGUCUCCGUCUCGUCCUCGUCCUCGCAGCCCCAGGCGCUGGUGACGCCCCAGGCCAUCGCGCCGGCGCCCCUGCCCUCUGUGCCCGUCUCCACCACCACCACCCACCUGGUGGUGCCCCAGCAGCACCCGCAGCAGACCACCGUCAUCGCCCACGCCUCCAUGUCCCACGCCUCGGUCAUCCAGGCGGUCAACCACGUCCUCCCGGCUGGCUCCAAGCACCUCGCCCACAUAGCCCCCUCCGGAGGCGCCCCCGGCCAGGCCGGACCCACCGUGGGUCAGCCUAUCGGACACAUCACCGUGCACCCCGUGGCGCACCUGAGCCAGCACCUGCCCGCACUCUACCCGCAGUCGGUGGCCGUGUCGGGCCACAUCGCCCACGCGCUUACCGCCGCCCACCACCCGAGCCACGCGCCCAUCGUCAACGGGGCAGUGCCGGUGACCGGGCCGCAGGCGGCCGCGACGGUAGUGGGCAAGCCCACAGCAGUGGUGGCCCACCACCACCCGCAGCUGGUGGGACAGACUGUCCUCAACCCAGUGACUAUGGUGACCGUGCCUCAGUUUCCCGUCAGUACGCUCAAGCUGGCCUGAAAACAAACAAACUAACAAACAAACAAACAAGAAAAACGAGCAAGUGAAUGAGUGUUGUUUGACUGAGACAGCGAUUGGGUGAUGAAUGGGUGUGGUGUGCAGUGGUGGCCGUGGUGGCGCUGACAGACCUCAGAGUCAAACCCGGAAACAUAACCUGAUCUGGGCCGCAUCUGGGCCGGAUCAGAGCAGGACCCAACCCACUCUCUAGGAUGCUUCCUCAUAGCUCACGUCCUCCAGUUUUGAAUGAAACCAUGCAUCUCCAGACUUCCAUGUUCACCUGAUGUUACUGUCCGAGUGAGUGCACGCUGUGGGUCCUAGCUUGUUUAAAAUCUAGACUUUCAAUGAUCUCAGUCAUAUGCACUUAGUCAUGGACUUGUAGAGUGGAAAAUGUGUCCCUUUUGGCUUUGUCAUGUUUGUGUUUGUUUUACAUGUUGAUUUUUUUGUUGUUAUGUCCUCUCUGUGUGUGUGUGUGUGUGUGUGUGUGUGUGUGUGUGUGUGUUAUUUUUUUAACUGUACUUACAAAGAUGCCCACAAUUCACGUCUCCAAGGCAUAAUCCCCUUCCUCAAACACACACACUCUCAGACACACACACACACACACACCCACAAGCACACACGCGCGCGCACACACACACACACUGACAAACCCUCUCUCUGUGAGAGCCCAGUGGUGGCUCCUUGGCAUGACUGGAAUGCCAGGCUUUAAUGUCAAGGCAGCAUCACCGUCGUCAUGGCAGAGCUGGGGAGCUGGAAGUCUUUCUGAAGCUCAAUAAACACUGAACUGCUUUUACCCACAAGUGUCCUCAGCAAAAUUACAUUGUUGAUCUGUCCUGCCCUAGACAGUAGUUUUGGUUUUGGCUUACUGGCUGUGGUCCUUAUGAAAUGUUUGUCCCAGUGAAAAAGAAGAUACACUGCGAUCAAUUAAGGAAUUAAUUCCUGAUGUAGACGGGAGCUGAGUCCACGAUGGAUCAGGGCCAGAUCAAGGCCAGAGCUGGACUCUUGUCUCUGGGAUGCUGAUAUUCAGAGUGCAACCUCAUCUUGGCUGUGUGUAACAAGACAUACACGCAAACCUGGACACUAAGAUCCUUGAAGUGCCUCAGAUAGGGAGGAGUAUAGCCCAAGUCUGCCCUCUGGUGUCCACAAAGAGAAACUGAAUGUCCGGGAAACACUACACAUGUGCCACCACGGUUUUAGCAGUUAGUAGUCACCAAGCUUGAUGGUGACAGAUUGGUCACCAUGUCAAUUAAAUCACAUGCUUCACUUGGAAUUCAUAGGAGAGACCACAACAAGUAGGAACCCAGAGUAUGUUGAACAUGCCCACAUUAGUGCUGUUCAUCUUAGUCAUGUUGGCACAAAACCCAGAAUGGUCCUAAGCAGUUGAUUUGGUUGCCAUUGACUACAACAUAUGUGUGAGUUAAUAAGUUGAGUUAACAUGUCUCUUAUAUUUCUCAGUGACUGAUCCUGGUGUAGUUUUUAUUGUGCGUAUGUAUGUCUUUUCUUUCUGUUGACGCCUGGUUUGGGUCGUGUGCAUUUGGAUGAAGAAGUGAGUUCGAACUGGACGAUGAAAUGCCGUCAAAUAGUGGACUGUGUAUAUGUGCUCAUAAUGUUUAACCUAUUCAUUCUGACUGUGACUGUUGAGUUUACUUUACCAGGGUUGUGUUCCCCGUCUGCAUCCUAGAGACGUAGAGCUUGUUAUGGGUACUUCAGCAACACCGAUCUUACCAUCUAGACCGCUAGCCCUGACAUUAGUCAGUAGCUUGUGAUCACACAUAUAGGUGCUGGUUUCUGGUACUUAGUGUGUUCUUUUUUUGUUCUUCUAAUCCUUUGUUCUCCGGAGAGGGUGAUUUGGGAGUGCUCAUGCCGGCUGAGGAGUGCGCCCUCUUUCGUUGCAGUGGGUGCAGCGACGCUGAUGUAGCAUGUGCGCGCGCGGCGGUGUGGCGUCGUAUCAGGCUCUGGGUUGAACCUUAACACUGUGACACCCCACUUAAGGCCACCCCACACUACCCCACCUCCAUUACUGCAAGGAUUGUGUGUUAGUGUGUGUGUGUGUGUGUGUGUGUGUGUGUGUGUGUGAGUGUAUAGAAAGACCAUGUUUUCCAUACUCUGUAAAAGAAAGAAAAUGUAAUGUCUGUGAAAUUUAUUUGUGAGGGUUUUUUUUUUUUUUAAAUAUGUGUAUGUAUGUAUACAUGUGGGUAUAUGCACGCAUUCACAUAUGUGUAUGUAUAAUUAAGAUUAUACUGUUGCCUGUUUUUUACUGUUGCAUGUAGAUUGCAAUUCUUUCCAUUCAGAUAUUGAUUUGUGAUUUGUAUUAAUUUCUUUAUUAUUUUUUCUGGGACCAUGUACUAUGGUAUGAUAUGUGGGGACCUCUAGACCUCAUCCUACAUUGAUAUUAUAUAUAAAAACUGUGCGUUUUUCCCUAUGGAGAAAGUUUAAGUUAUAUAUUGCCUGUACAUUUUGGGCUGCAUUUAGAUCUAAUUGUCCACUAUGUUUAAAAAGAAUAACAAUCAUGAAAGUAACAACAAGAAAACAUAUACUACAUUAAUAAAAAGCAAUGAAGAUUCAUAAUAAAUCUUAUGACAUUUA